CCCACCGCAGUUGAAAGGAGAGAUCAACCAGCCCCAAGGUCACCGGGAGGGGAGCUGCGGGCUGCGGCCGGGAUUGGAGGCUGCUCCUUCCCGUGGGCAGCGGCGGCGGUCACCUGGGAGUAGGUGGCCGGCACCGGGUGCGGGUGCGUCCGAGAGGAGAGCCUGCCGCGCAGCGAGGGCGUCUCUCCGGGCGCCGGGAUCCCACGGGCCUCGGGGCCAACGGCGGCAGUGUGGCCCCGAAACCCUCCCCGGAUUCUGGCGCCUUAAGGCAUUUGAAGGCUGUGGUUUCUCAGCCGUCGCCACCCCAGUUUCUGCUGGUUCCAAUUGAGCCUCCAAGUUGCAGCCCCUGGAAGAACUACCCUGACCCUGGACGGACUUUUCCUGAGGCGGUGGUGGGUGGGUCUCCAGUAGGGCCACCGAGGCGAGGAGCCGGGAACUGACCCAACCCACCGGAGGACGUAGCUGGAAAGUGCCGCGGAGGAACCCACCGUCUGGCGAAGGCGCUGUGUCAAGGCCCCUUGAGGCUGCCUGCGUUGAUUUCGCCAGAAUCCUGCUCUCUCUUCGCAGCCACAAGGUGUCUCAAGUCUUAUUCCUGGCAUCCUCUCCUAUGUUGCAAGCUUCUCUUUGAAAACUCCUAAUUCUGUUUCACAGGUUCUCUCCCCCAUACCCCAACUCCACCCCCAACGGCCAACUCCACCCCCAAAGGCUGGUAUAAACUGCAGGUGCCAGUCCUGAACCCUGAGAACCUGCCUGGAAGAGAGGGACACUCACUCGGCAGGCUGGGACCAGAGGGGCAUUCUGGCCCCGUGGCCCCCAUGCUCCUGUUAUGGAUAUCAGGUCUAGGGGCCGGAAUAGUCUUACUGCACUUCGUGCAGAAACUCCUGUUCCCUUACUUCUGGAACGACUUCUGGUACCUGCUGAAGGUGUUACGCUGUGGAAUUCGGCUGCAGCUGUACAGUCGGAAAGGGCAGCUUGUCACUGUCCUGGAUAAAUUUAUGAGCUGCGCCAAGAAGCGGCCCCAGAAACCUUUCAUCAUCUAUGAGGGAGACAUCUACACCUAUGAGGAUGUGGACAAAAGGAGCAGCAAAGUGGCCUAUGUUUUCCUGAACCAUUCUACGCUGAAAAGGGGGGACACUGUGGCUCUGCUGAUGAGCAAUGAGCCUGACUUUGUCCACGUGUGGUUCGGUCUGGCCAAGCUGGGCUGUGUGGUGGCCUUCCUCAACUCCAACGUUCGCUCCAACUCCCUACUGCACUGCAUCCGCAGCUGUGAGCCUAGGGCCCUCGUGGUGGGCGCAGAUUUACUUGAAGCCAUAGAAGAAAUCCUCCCCAACCUGCCAGAGGGUAUCAGUGUUUGGGGAGUGACAGACUCUGUUCCCCGAGGCAUAAUUUCACUCACAGAAAAACUGACGACAGCAUCUGACAAGCUAGUGCCAAGUAGCCACCAUGUUGCCUCCAACCUCAAGUCUCCUUAUCUUUAUAUUUUUACCUCUGGAACAACAGGUCUACCAAAAGCAGCUGUGAUUACUCAGCUGCAGGCUUUAAAGGGUUCCGUUGGACUGUGGGCUUUUGGUUGUACUACUGAUGACAUUAUUUACAUAACCCUUCCUCUGUAUCAUAGCGCAGGAGCUCUCCUGGGAAUUGGUGGAUGUAUUGAGUUAGGAGCUACUUGUGUGUUAAAGAAGAAAUUCUCAGCAAGCCAAUUCUGGAAUGACUGCAAAAAGUAUAAUGUGACUGUAUUUCAAUAUAUUGGGGAAAUCUGUCGCUACCUUUGCAAACAACCUAAGAGAGAAGGAGAAAAGGAUCAUCAGGUGCGUUUGGCAGUUGGAAAUGGUGUGCGGAGUGAUGUAUGGAAAGAAUUUGUAGACAGAUUCGGAAAUAUUAAGAUGUGUGAGUUUUAUGGAGCAACCGAAGGGAACAUUUGUUUUAUGAAUCACACUGGGCAAAUUGGAGCAGUCGGGAGAACAAAUUUCUUUUACAAAGUUUUUUUCAAUUUUGACUUGAUAAAGUAUGAUUUUCAGAAAGAUGAACCCAUUCGGAAUGAACAGGGCUGGUGCAGCCGUGUGACAAAAGCUUUCAUCAGCAUUUGUGUAUUUAUGUGUGGCCCAAGACUGCUCUUCAUCCACUGGCCCAGAGGUGCCAGAAGAUUGGACACCCCUGGAGAACCUGGACUUCUCAUUUCUCAAGUGAAUGAAAACAAUCCCUUCUUUGGUUAUGCUGGGAAUAAGAAGCACACAAAAAAGAAAUUGUUAUGUAAUGUUUUUAAGAAGGGAGAUGUUUACUUUAACACAGGAGAUUUAAUGGUCCAAGAUCAGGAGGAUUUCCUUUACUUUUGGGACCGUCUUGGAGACACCUUCAGAUGGAAAGGGGAAAACAUUGCAACCACGGAGGUUGCUGAUGUUAUUGGAAUGUUGGAUUUCAUAGAAGAAGCAAAUGUCUAUGGUGUGGCUGUGCCAGAUUGUGAAGGGAAAGCAGGAAUGGCCUCUAUUAUUUUAAAACCAAAUAAAUCUCUAGACUUGGAAAGAGCUUAUGAACAAGUUGUAACAUUUCUACCAGCUUAUGCCUGCCCACAGUUUUUAAGAAUUCAGGAAAAGAUGGAAGUGACAGGGACAUUCAAACCAAAGAAGUUUCAGUUGGUGCAAGAAGGAUUUAGUCCAUUGAAAAUUUCUGAUCCACUUUACUUCAUGGACAACUCGAAAAAAGCUUAUGUUCCAUUGACCAAAGAACUGUAUGAUCAAAUCAUACUAGGUGAGGUCAGACUCUAAGGUUUGGUCAAUCUGUGGCAUUUCCAUAUGCUUUCUCAGGAGAGGCGAGAGGAGGGUACGUGGCUCUCAGUGCAAGACGAGGAAAGGAACUGACAUUCACUAAGCAUGUGCUGUAUUUCCUCACUGUGCAACUGCUUUUCUUUAAUUAAGAACUUUAAUUUGUUUUAAUACAAACUCUAGUGUAUUAUUCUUUUUACCUAUUUGGGGAUUCAGUGCAUAACUAAAAAUUUGCCUUAAUCAAAACUUUUAAAUAAUAAAUAAAUGGGUAAUUUUUAGAUAUUUAAUAAGAAUGUACUUUUUAAUACUUAAAAUUUCUAGUUUUGAAUACAUGGUUAAAUUUUACUCAAAUGUUUAAUUUUUAUGUGCCCUGUCCUG